AUGGCGGGCGUCGAUAAGUACUUGAGCUCGAGCUCUAGUAUUCAUCCAAAGGGAAUGGGUACUUAUACCACAGCAACAAUAUUGGAUCUCGCGCACUUCAAUUAUCCAUGGAUUCUUUUGGUCGUAUUUCUCGUCUCAUUCGUCACACAUAGCAUCCUAACUGCUGAGUCUUCUGAUGAAUCUGGACCGGUGCUCACAGGUCCUGGCGGAAAACCUUUACCGCGGUCUGUUAGGAGGACAAAACAAGAUAAGGAUAGGCUCAAGCUGCAAGAUUUCAGCCCUGUUCGGAAAUUAUUAUUUCUCUGGCUUUCGGCUGGUGUUCUGGGAACGUUUCUCGGCAAUGCGAUCAACAUUGUGGUACAUGCCCUCGAUAAACGGGAGAAUGGUUGGUGGUGUGGCGAAGCAACUGCAGUUACAUGGUUCGUUGCGCUGGUUAUUGAAAUUGUGCUUUUUGCCGCUUCGUUAUCGUUAUAUACCUCAGCUCACCCAGAACUCAACUCACUGCUUACAUACGAUCCGGAAUUUCACAAAUAUGCAACCCAAUGGGAAAUUGUUGAGCUUGUACUCGAUGCAAUUCGGGUAGUUCUACUUUUCUUCUGCGUAGCUUUUUAUUGUGUCUUCACUAUUGAACGCUCAUUCAAAGGCAAAAUUGCAAGUCGUCAGAGUAGCAGUGAGCCUGAUGAGAACAGCCCUCUCCUUUUCAAUGGUCGAGCGAAUGGGAACGGUCAUGUUUCCGGAAAUGGUUCAAUUGCAAAUGCAUCUGCUGCAGACUCUUUAUCGUUGAAUGGACACGCGACUGCGAAUGGUACUGCCGUACAAGGCGCCGACAUUCAAGGGAGACCGAUUGUUCAGCAGCGUGUGGACGAAGUGCCGGCCUUUUACAAGCCUACAACGGCUACAACAAAGACGUGGUGGGAGUACUUGAAAGGAUAUUCACUCUUCUUUCCAUAUUUAUGGCCGGCUAGAUCCGUUCGCUUGCAAAUAGUAGUAGUUGUUUGCUUCCUGCUUGUCGUUAUGCAACGAAUAGUGAACAUCGCGGUUCCUUUGCAAGUCGGAAGGGUCACCGAUGCGCUCACUGGCGAUGAUGACAACGAAGUCACGAUGCCGUGGUUGUCAAUUUCUCUACUCAUUGCUUUCAAGUUUCUUCAAGGCUCUUCCGGAAUUUUAGGGGCUGCUAGAUCGGUUCUGUGGAUUCCAAUUUCACAGUACUCAUACAAGGCUCUGACCACCGCCUCAUUUGAGCAUGUCCAUGGUCUUAGUCUGGAUUUUCACCUCGGGAAGCGCACCGGAGAAGUCCUAUCAGCACUUACAUCAUCACCUUUUCCUACCUUUACCUUACCAUCCGAAUGGCAAGAUGGCGAUCAGACCAACGUCGACAAUGCAAACCUCAGCCGUGAGGAGGACGCUGUCAAGAAUGACUCUCUGACGUCUUAUGAGACGGUCAAAUACUUCAAUGCUGAAACUUAUGAAUUUGAUCGUUACCGACAGGCGGUCUCGGCAUUUCAGAAAAUGGAAUUCAAAGUAACCAUUUCUUUGAAUAUCCUUAACAUUAGUCAAAACUUGGUCUUCAUGGCUGGACUUCUUGUAACUUCUUUCAUUGCUGCAUACCAAGUUACCACUGGUAAGCGUCAAGUGGGACAGUUUGUGACUUUAAUCACAUACAUGGGUCAACUUCAACAACCUCUAAAUUUCUUCGGGUCCUUCUAUCGAGGAAUUCAGAGCGCCAUGAUCAGUGGCGAACGUCUUCUUGAGCUGUUCAAAGAGGAGCCGACUGUUGUAGACGAGCCAGGUGCUCAGCCACUGCCAGCAUGUGAGGGUCGAAUAGACUUCAAUCAUGUCAAAUUCUCCUACGAUACCCGCAAGCCUGCUCUGGAGGACUUGAGUUUUACCUGCAAACCUGGCACGACUACAGCUUUUGUUGGAGAAUCCGGAGGAGGAAAAUCCACUGUUUUUCGGCUACUUUUUCGAUUUUACAAUACCCAGAAUGGUAGUAUCCAACUUGACGGCCACGACAUUAGGGAUAUAACCAUAGAUUCGCUAAGACACCACAUUGGUGUUGUACCACAGGACACAAUCCUUUUUAACGAGACUCUGAUGUAUAAUCUCCGCUAUGCCAACCAAGAUGCGACUGAUGAAGAUAUUUACAAUGCAUGCCGAGCUGCAUCAAUCCAUGAUAAGAUAUUGGCGUUUCCGGAUGGUUACGACACGAAGGUCGGUGAGCGAGGUCUUCGUCUUAGUGGUGGCGAGAAGCAACGAGUGGCGAUAGCACGAACUAUCAUCAAGAAUCCCCGGAUCAUCAUGCUUGAUGAAGCCACUGCCGCAUUGGAUUCUGAUACUGAACAACACAUACAAGAAGCAUUAACGACCUUGUCCGAAGGCCGUACUAUGCUAGUCAUUGCCCACCGAUUGUCCACCAUCACUAAUGCAGAUCAAAUAUUGGUUCUCCAUGCUGGGCAAGUCGCUGAAGCUGGAACUCAUAGCGAGCUCUUACUUAAGAAAGGUCGAUAUGCACAGAUGUGGAAGAAGCAAAUCAGAGCCGAGCGAGCAGCUGAGAAAGCUUCCGAGAUGGUAGCUAGAGCCAGAGCUCUCAGUGAAGCAGCUUCCAUUCAGACUCCCGGCAGUCACUCUAGCAAGGUCAAUGGUGGCAGUACGGAAGUAAGCGAAUACGAGGGAGACAAUCACAGCAAUAGGACACUCGUCGCCUCAACUUUAGCGACAAGAGCUCCUACUCGAACUCCGGAGAGUCGAAUCAACGAUGACAGUGCUAGUUCUAAAUCUAGCUCUAGUUUAGAUUCAGAUGGCCACAAAUCAGAUGAGGAUAAGCAAACGGGGAAUCACAAAUCUGACGACAAAGCCGGUGUCGACAAGUCGGACAAGUCAAACAACCGUUGA